AUGUCGGUUCAGGAGCUGCUACAGAGGGUCGAGUGUGUCAUCACUCAUGAUGAACUGAGGCUAGCUGUGAAGCAAGGCACCACCUUGUAUAGUUGUAUAAAAGAUCAGUCAGCCAAGUCAGAGGAUCAUGAACUCAACCCUGAUGAGAUGGAAAACCAAACUACUGUGGAAAGGCUUUUGGCCCAGCUAGAUGAGACAGAAAAUGCCUUUGAACAGUUCUGGAGCAAACACCAUCUCAAACUGGAGCAGUGCCUACAGUUGCGUCACUUUGAGCAGGACUUCAGAGAGGUCAAAGUGUCUCUCGACAGCUUGAUAGACAGUCUAAACAGCCUUUCAGACACUGGGGAUUGUGUGGCCAGAGUUGAAAAAAUGCUCAAGGAGCUAAAAACACUGGAGGAGAAAGCUCAGGCCACACUGGAAAAGGCACAACUUCACGCACUGCAUGGUGACCAGCUGAUUCAGAGCAAUCACUAUGCUGUGGACUCCAUCAGACCCAAAUGUGUCGAGCUCCGUCGUGUCUGUGACGACUUCAGCAAUGAAGUCAAGAAAAAGACAGAUAUUUUGUCCAAAUCUCUGCAGAUACACCAGGGCAUAGAUAAGGUUAACCAAUGGUGUGAGUCUGGGAUCUACUUGCUGGCAUCCCAGGCUGUGGAUAAGUGUCAGUCACAGGAAGGGGCAGAGUCAGCACUGACAGACAUCGAACAUUUUCUGGAGUCAGCAGAAAAGAACCAACUGACUGAACUGAGGAACCUGCACAAUCAGUAUGAGGUUGUCUUGUCAGAGGAUAUCAAGGGUAGUGUACUGAAGGCGCUAAAGAGACUGGAAGAUGUUCAGGAGAUGUUUGAAAAGCGGCAUCUCAGUCUGAAGAGACUGUCAGCUAAACAGACAAGGCCCAUCCAGCCUGUUGCUCCACGGCCUGAAUCCUCCCCCAAACGGCCCUCAGUGAAGAACACCCCCAGGACUGCAGGAGGCCAACAGCCUCUUGCUCGCAGAGCUUCCGAUAAUUCUAACAAACAGCAGGCUGAAGCUGAUCUCAACAAGAAGAAGAACAUAAGGAAGGCAAAGGGAGGAAUCAAGAUUGAGGUCAUGCAUGAAGAAAGCCAAGGAGGCUCCACACAUGUUGUUGUGACAAAUGAGACUGAGGAAAGUCUAUCCAACAGACGCAGGUAA